UCACAAUUCCUAAAUGUGCCUUACUGCCACAUUCUCCACAUUGUAUCCCUCUGAGUCGGCCCUGCUGGCUGAGGGUCAGAUUGCCAUCUCACUCUGGAAUAUUCACCGGCCCUCGAGCACCGAGCCAGCUGCAUUAGUUUCUAAUAUUAACACUUCAGUCAUUGAGGAGGAGGGGGCGGGAGCAUUCUGGAAACCUGGUUGUAACUAUAUAAGCAAGGAGCCCCAGCCAGUCUAGGUAUGAACUCCAGAAGAAACAGAGGCAAAAGCUGACACGAAGGAAACAUCCCCAGGAUAUCCUUCUGAACUUCUGAGCACCAGAGAGCGCACCACUGAAAGUACUAGGAACCGGCGAAAUGUCUGCACCAAAGGGAGUAUCCAUUGGCAUUGAUCUGGGCACCACCUAUUCUUGUGUUGGGGUUUUCCAGCAUGGCAAAGUUGAGAUCAUUGCCAACGAUCAGGGCAAUAGAACCACUCCAAGCUAUGUGGCUUUUACCGACACAGAAAGGCUUAUUGGAGAUGCUGCCAAGAACCAAGUUGCAAUGAACCCCAAUAACACAAUCUUUGAUGCCAAACGGCUGAUUGGAAGAAAGUUUAAUGACCCAGUCGUACAGUCCGACAUGAAGCUCUGGCCUUUCAAGGUGAUUGACGAUAAUGGAAAGCCCAAAGUCCAGGUGGAAUACAAAGGGGAGACCAAGGCAUUCUAUCCUGAGGAAAUUUCCUCCAUGGUCCUGGUUAAAAUGAAGGAGAUAGCUGAGGCCUACCUGGGACAAAGGGUGUCAAACGCAGUCAUCACAGUGCCAGCUUAUUUCAACGACUCCCAGAGACAAGCUACCAAGGAUGCUGGGGUGAUCUCUGGACUAAAUGUUCUGAGGAUCAUUAAUGAGCCCACAGCAGCAGCCAUUGCAUAUGGCCUGGAUAAAGGCAAAACAGGAGAACGCAAUGUGCUGAUCUUUGAUCUUGGCGGAGGCACCUUUGAUGUGUCUAUUCUGACCAUUGAAGCUGGCAUCUUUGAGGUCAAAGCCACUUCAGGAGACACACACCUUGGUGGGGAGGACUUUGACAACCAAAUGGUCAAGCACUUUGUAGAGGAAUUUAAAAGAAAACAUAAGAAGGACAUUAGCCAGAAUAAGAGAGCAGUGAGGAGAUUGCGUACAGCUUGUGAGAGGGCAAAGAGGACCUUAUCCUCCAGCACUCAGGCAAGCAUUGAGAUCGACUCUCUCUUUGAGGGAAUUGAUUUUUACACCUCCAUCACAAGGGCACGUUUUGAGGAGCUCAACUCAGAUCUUUUCAGGGGAACACUUGGCCCAGUUGAGAAAGCCCUGCAGGAUGCCAAGCUGGAUAAAUCCAGGAUUCAUGAAAUUGUCCUGGUCGGUGGCUCCACAAGAAUUCCCAAAAUCCAGAAGCUCUUACAGGACUUCUUUAAUGGCAAAGACCUGAACAAGAGCAUUAACCCAGAUGAAGCUGUAGCCUACGGUGCAGCAGUCCAAGCAGCCAUCCUCAUGGGCGACACCUCAGAGAAUGUCCAAGAUCUGCUGCUGCUGGAUGUCGCUCCCCUGUCUCUGGGCAUUGAAACCGCAGGCGGUGUUAUGACACCUCUGAUAAAGCGAAACACCACAAUCCCCACAAAGCAGACUCAGAUCUUCUCCACAUACUCAGAUAACCAGCCAGGUGUAUUGAUUCAGGUAUUUGAAGGCGAGAGAGCCAUGACCAAAUACAACAACCUUCUGGGCAAAUUUGACCUCACAGGUAUCCCUCCAGCUCCCCGAGGUGUUCCACAGAUAGAGGUAACAUUUGAUAUUGAUGCCAACGGCAUUCUAAAUGUAUCCGCCGUGGACAAAAGCACCGGCAAAGAAAACAAAAUCACCAUCACCAAUGACAAGGGCCGCCUCAGCAAAGAAGAGAUCGAGCGGAUGGUGCAGGAUGCUGAGAAGUACAAGGAUGAUGAUGACAUUCAGAGAGACAAGGUUGCAGCAAAGAACACGCUGGAGUCCUAUGCCUACCAGAUGAAGAGCAGUGUUGAGGAUGAGAGUCUGAAAGGUAAAAUUAGCGAAGAGGAUAAAAAGAUGGUCAUUGACAAGUGCAACCAGACGAUUUCCUGGCUGGAGAACAACCAGCUUGCAGAGAAAGAUGAGUAUGAGCACCAGCAGAAUGAACUCGAGAAGGUGUGCAGACCAGUUGUGACAAAGUUGUACCAGGGAGCAACACCAUCAGGACGCUGCGGCGGCCAGGCAGGAGGAGCCUCCCAGGGCCCUACUAUUGAAGAAGUGGACUAAAGCUAUUCACCUCAGCAUAUCACACUCAUGGGAAAAUUUAUGACUGCGGUUUAGUAAAAAUAAAUGAUUUCAAUGUUGUUUCCUUUUCUACAAUAAAUUCUAUAAAAGCACAUCUCUCUUCAUUAUUGUUUGUGAUAAAUAUUUUUUUGAACAUGGAAUAAAAGAAUAAUAAAAAAGAAACAAGCGCUAUCCUUUUUAACUGAUGCACAUGAUCAAAGGUGUUUAUAAUUUUGAGAAUGGCCUCUCUUUAAAACCAUGUACCAAUGAGAGUACCAAGAGUUUCUGAUAGAAAAUUCAGAUUUUGAUGAAUUUGGACAUGGAAUUCAUAAAGGUACUCAAUAAGUAUUUUUGUUAAAGAUGGUUGACAAACCUUAUUCAGACAUUGUUUCACAUUUCUUUUUCCCUAUUUAAGCUGUACUUAAAAAGUAAUAUACAGGAUAGUCAUUCUAGGAAAGACUUGUGAGGAGCUUUAUAGACAAAAGGCAAGUUCUCAUCUUUAAAGGUAAAGCAUAAAAAAUGUAUAUGACAACAUGUUAGAUGCCAAACAUGAGUUUGAACACAUGCACACUGUAGGUGUGCUAUGAGUGUGUAUGACAGACAGUUUUACUGCUGCACCUCUGUUAAAACAAACCAACCCGAACCUACUUUUAUUUUGUUUUAUACCAAACAUGCUUUUCUUGCCUGCAUUACCCAAAAUGCAACAAGCACAGCCGGUUUAUCACACUUUGAUAGCUGCAGACUGCAGAGAUAUAGCAAGUUUACAUCUUUCUAGCACCUCCAGAUUUGCUCAUAUUUUCAGUUUUAAUAUUCCCCCCCAGACUUUUACAAAUUUCUGCAGCUCUCUCUGAAGAGAUUUAUACAAAUAUUUCCCUCAUAGAGCUGUGCUAACUGCCUUUAGCUGUAAACAGUAAACAGACUUUAUUGUAUACUGCAAGUGUUGUCAGCUCUGUGUAAUAUUAGUACUUUUAUGUCAAAGGGUUUGCACACAAAUCACACUCACUGAAAACUAAGCAACUCAUUUAAACAUGUUGUUCACUGAAUGAUCCUCUAG